AAAGCAAGAAUGAAUCCAAAAUCUAAUCCAAUGGAUGUGCCUCCUAUAUUAAUGUCGGCCAUACAUGCAAUGAUUUGAUUUUGAAGCAUGUAAAAAUAUAGUCAAAUUUGAAACACUGAUAGCAAUUACAAGACAGAAAGUCAAUUUAUUAUACAGACAGGAAGGGAAGUAAAAAAAAAAACAGAAAUAAAUUGUACUAAUUUGAGAACUUUGAAUCUGUAAUUUGGGUAAAUCGAAAUUACAGAGCAUAGCGUUUGACGUGCAUGAAGCAGGUGGGUAGCAAUCUCUCAGAAGCCAUCAUUCAUUGGUAGUACUCACAAACAGAACACUCAACAAUGCUAGAUCCAGCCACUGAACUGCUGCCACCACCAUCUUCACCCACCAAUUCAUCCAUUUCCUCCUCUGAUCUUGACACCGAGUCUACGGGAUCCUUCUUCCAUGACAGAAGCACCACACUGGGCACUCUUAUGGGUGUCAGCUUCCCGGCUAUUACCUUCAGAGCCUCCGACAGCCAUCCACAUUCAACCAUCUCCGCUGCCGCCGCCGUGGCUGGCCCCCAGAGGGCUGCAGAGUCUAAGAAGAAGAAGGCCAUCGUGGCUGCGGAGCGGCGGCGGAAGUGGUGGUGGCUGUGCAGGGAUGGCGACGCGAGGCCGGCUUCUCUCGGUGAGUUUCUUGAGGUGGAACGGCGUUGCGGCGAUGGCGCGUUUUUUGGUACGGCGGCGGAACUUGAAGGAAUGGUGAUGGAUUCGCCAAGGAACCACGGCCGGGCUUUGUUUUCCGACGGGAGGGUUCUUCCUCCGUCGAGCGUUGACGAAGGAGCAUCGACGGCGGGAAGUAUUUGCAGUAGAUUUCCAGUUUUGCUUACCGGGAUCUGCAGCGGCGGCGCCGGAUAAGAUUGAGUUUGAAUUUUGAUUUUUUUUCCUUUUUUCUAAUAAACUGAAGAGAGAAAUAAAAAAUGGAUGAUAAUUUUUUUCUAUAAUUAUUUGUUAUUAUUACAAUGCCUGAUUUACAUGCAGACUUUUACUUUUCACUCAUAAUAGCCACUUUUUGUCUGAGAUUAU